AAUAUAACAAUAAUGUACACAUGUUUUAGUUACAAAGUUACAAAAAUUUGUAAUUACUACGAAUUCUACAAUUAAUAACAAAGGAUUUGAUAUAUUAAUUCAAUAUUACAAUAAAAAUGAAUGCUUUGCGUUCACUGACAAAAGCAUUUGUUCUAAAUAGAGGAUGUAAAACUGUUCAAUUAGAAACUAGAAGAUUUAUAAAACGAUGGGUUGCUCCAACACAAAUGGUAAUUACAAAAAGGAAAAAAAAGAUUGGGACACAGAUAGAACCUAUUCGUAGUAAUUUUCUGGAAUGGAACAGAAAUGCAGAACUUUAUGCAUUUAAUGAAAGACUUAGCGAAAAAUUUGAUCCAGAAUUAUUAGAACAAGCAUUGAUUCAUAAAUCUUACGUUAUUAAAGAAGAAGAAAUGCAGAAGCAACAAGGAAUAUCAGAUCCUAAACUUGAUUUAAGGGAUAAUAGAGAUCUUAUACAAGAUGGAAAAAAUUUUGUUUCUAAAGUUGUACACAAAUAUUUACUUGAAAGUUUGCCUAAUUUACCAGACAACGGUAUUAUGAGUAUUCACAGUUAUCUCUUAAGCGAAGAAUCAUUGGCUAAUUCAUCUUUACACCUUGGAACAACAGAUUUAAUAUUAACUGAAGAAUAUCCUGUUUCGAGCAAAACAUUAGCUGAUACAUUUCUUGCCCUUGUAGCAGCUCUUGUUCAAAGUGUUAAUGCUAAUCAUGCUGCUAUAUUUGUUCGUGAUUUUUUAAUAACAACAUUAGCAGAAAAAGAGCUGCCUAAUAUAUGGUGUCCAAGUAAUCCUCUACAAGAAUUAAAUGAUAUUCUUUUGAAAGAAGGCAGAGGACCUGCAGAACCAAGAAUCAUUGGAGAAACAGGAAUAAAUACUCUUUUGUCGUCGUAUCGUAUUGCGGUUUAUUCGGAUAAACAAUGUUUAGGUAUUGGAUGUGGUGCAAAUAUUCAUGAGGCAAAGGAAGUGGCUGUAAUUAAUGCUUUAUGCAAAAUAUAUGGAUUGUUAGAUUCUAGUCGUCCUAUAAAAUUUGACAAAGUUAUUGAGAUGGAUUAGCAAUAGAUGAGCCAAUAAGAAUUGAGGAUUUAAUCGCAACGCCAUCUGUCAUAAAAAUCAACAAUCACAACUUUUAAAAGGAUCACAGUAAAUCUAAGUUAUGUGUAAACCAUGAUAUAUUACAAGAAGAGAAAUGUGCAAUUAACUUCAUUGUUCUUCUGCUGAGUAAUGAACGUUGCUCGCUCAGUUGAAAAACUUUGACGAGGUUUUUUUUAUCGAUAAUGACGAGAUCAAGAUAGAAAAAGAAUUUAAGUCGUCGUUUGCAACAUUGACGAUUACAUCAAAAGUUGAAAUAAGAGAGAAAGAGAGUAUCGAAAUAUAUACGGAAUUAUCAUAAGAGUAAACAAAAAAGAUGUAUAAUUUUACGAAAUAAUUUAUCAAAAUCAAUCUAAAAAGAAACGUAAAAAUUGGUGCGUAAAAUAAAAUCAUUUUAAAUAUGUAUUUAAAGAAAAAAAAAAAAAAAAAAAGAAAAAAUCUUACAAUUUAAUCAUGAAAAUCGACGAGAGCAAUAGCGUGACGUAGCGUGAAUAAUGGCUAAUAUAUAUAUACACAUACGUAUAUACAUAACAAACAUA